AUGACGAUGGAUGUGUUGGUCGGCCUGUGGAUUUGUUCCGUCUCGGUGCUUGCUGUGGUCAGUUCGCAGCAGAACAAGAGCAAUAAAAAGGAUAUCCGGGAUUACACGGAGCGUGACUUCGAACGGCUUUAUGAGCAGUGGGAGGAAAAUGAUGCAGAUGAACUGGAGGAAGACGAAUUACCGCCACACAAGCAGAAAGCAAAAGCGCCGAACCUCGAUAAUAUCAUGAAACAGGCCAAAUCACCGGAAGAGUUGAUGAUGAUGUCAAAGAAGGGCCAGUCUGUGAUGAUGUUUGUUGGCAUUGGGGAUGUCGAUGGCAAACGCGCCGAAAAACAUUACACGGAGAGAUGGAUAAACAUUUGGCAAAGCAGUUUGUACAACAAUCACAUUAAUGUGCAGGUUUGGCUUAACAAAACUAACCAUACAUUUCCUGGACUGCCUUUGGAACCCCUGUUGCUACUGAGAUAA